CUGUAAAAUCAAGUAAUGGGCGCUAGCGUCCCUUUUUGACUUGGCCUUUUGGGUUGCUCCCUGGCCCGGUGCCGAAAGCAAAAACUUUCGUGAACCUUUUUGUCACUGCCUGCUUUUUGUCAAAUCAUUUUUAUCAGCCUUUUUGAGUGUAGGAAACACUGUAACUUCCAAUAAAAAAACCCCUUAGAAUUAAGUAAUGCUAUACAGAAAGCCACAAGGGGUACCCCUCGAUCUCUGCUAUGUGUAGGAUCACCCAAACUCCAAUUUAGUAUAAUUUAUACAGAAAGCCAUAUUAGAAGAUAUCUGAUGCAUACAGUGAAAUGAAAGAGUACAGAUAUCAGUAUUAAUAGAAGGUCUGUACCGAUCGUCUCUCGUCGCCAUCAGAUGAGCUCCGCAUCUGUGCUAUGCGCUCUAUCAACUGCCACCUCGAAAAUAGCAAUGCGUGUUAUCGAUCCAAAGUUCCAUUGUCACUUCCUAUGCUAUUCACCCAGGAUGUAAAGUCAUUGGAAGAUGCAGAUCUGGAGGAAUUGAGGAAAUUGGUUUCAUAUAAUUAG